AUGAGCGCACCCUUAGAACAGAACGGCUCAGGCCUAUUCAGCCUACCAUGGGAAAUCAGAGAGAAAAUCUACGAGUACUACCUCUCAUUCGAUCACGACGACUUUGGCGACACAGUCCGGCCGCUGCACGUCUACUUCGAGCAAGGGGAAUACAAGAAACCCUUACCGCCGCUCAUGUUAACUUGCAAGCGCGUCUACCGCGAACUCCACCAGCCCGUCCACGCCGACGCCAUCAUGCGCGUACACUCCCACGGCUACGGCGACCGGCGCAUCGGCUUCGCCGUCCACGGGACCCUGCGCUUUGAGCGCCUGCGGCGGCUGUACGUCCUCAUCGCCAUGGAGUAUCCCAACUGGAAUCGGUGGCUGGCCAUCUUCGCCGAAGUAGCGCGGCGGGCGGAGGGUUUGGCGGAGCUUGUUGUUGAUUGGGAGCCGAGGCCGGGGCCGCCGAACCCGAAAGUGUGGGAGGCCAAGUUGACGGAGAAGAAGCAUGAUGAGUUCUUUGGGGUGUUGGCCGCGUUGAAAGGGUUGGAGGUUGCACUUCUCGCCAAAGGCGAAUACGACGAGUAUUCCAUCUUCAAGCCAUACCUCGACAUCCCCUACUUACCCUCUCGAAUUCCUCCUGGAAAACAAGAGAUCUUUUCCUCACCCACACUCUCACUUGCUUCUUUGGCAAGGCACUCUUCACGACCUUUGCUUCCACAGCAGAACCUUUGCACCGCGACAACAACCAAGCUCUUUGCUAAUGACCAGAGAGUCACUCACAAUGAACGUGCAGAGUAUUCGCAUCGUUGCUGCGUGCGUGUCUGCUACGAGGGCGCAGAGGGCCGAGUUGUACCUUACCCUGCUUCCAACUAUCGCAUCAUUACCGAGGAGACCCACCACCGUGAGAUGAUGUUCAACAGACACAUCGUCAGCUACUUCCAGCUCUGCAUCAACGUCAUAAUGGCCUACUUUUUCGGCUUCCUGGUCUGCUACGGCAUGCUCAGCAUCAUCCGCCCUUGCUCUGCUCACGGAACCGUCAACCCGGCCUUCGAGAUCGCCGCUCGCCAGGAGUACUCCCUCGAUAACACCAUGAAUCUUGCUCACUGCAACAUCCAGCUCGAGAAGCGCGGCUACAUUGACGAGGCUGCCUUUCGCCGAGCUCAGCUUACCAACUCCCUUCGUCAUGCGGGCAUUACCAUGCGUGACAUCGACUCUGUUCUCAGCACCGACCAUGAGAUCACUGAUGACAGCGUCAACUGGCACACUCCCGAUGCUGACAUCUUCGCCACUCGUGAUGAUGGUUGCGUUCUCAGCAUCGAGACUACUGAGGGUCCUUUCUACGUCGAGGGAGAGCUCGACCGCUUCGACCUGACCGAUGGCCAGUCUGGCAUUCCCAUGUACCUCGACCUCCAGAUCAUCGACACCGAGACCUGUCAGCCCGUUCCCGACAUCUGGGUUGAAGUCUGGCACACCAACUCCACCGGCAUCUACUCCGGCGUCGUCUCCAAGGCCAACGGCGCAGGCGAAGCUGACCCAUCCAACGCAGACAAGACAUUCCACCGCGGCCUCCGCAAAACCAACGCCAACGGCGCCGUCUGGUUCGGCACCAACCUGCCCGGCCACUACUCCGGCCGCACCCCGCACAUCCACAUUAUGACCCACGUCCCGGGCACCGAGCGCCUCGCCAACGGCACCAUCCAGGACAACGUCGCUACCCACGCGGGCCAGCUCUUCCUCGACCAGAAGCUCGUCGAUACCUUCCGCAAGCACGAGCGCUAUGCCGCCAACGAGCAGACGUUCAUCGAGAACAAGCAGGAUCACUACUUCCGUCAGGAGGCGAACUUUACGGAUCCUGUGAUGAGCUAUGUUCUGCUUGAUCAUGAGGAUCGUGAUAUCGAGAAGGGUGUUAUGGCUUGGAAGCUUGUGGGUGUGAACAUGGCCAAUGUUCGCGAGAUCCACGUGGCUCAUCAGUUGGAGGGUUAG